AUGUCAUUCCAUCUCGACUCCACUCCGGCCAGAUGCACCAUUGAAGAGAGCUUUUCCCAUCCGACAAUUCCCACUCGGAGACUGGCCCAUCCAACCGAAUCAAGCGAUUAUUUUCUCAUCCAUUUGCCUUUACCUGCUCCCCUCCUUUGUCCCCUUCUAUGCAUGUUUGUGGUUACUGUGCAGAGUACACCCUUCGUGGAGCACCGAGUGAAGGCGGAGGGCACGAGUUGUCGCAGUUCCUCCGAUCCCGCGGUUCUCCGCGCCGAGGUCGACUGUAACCACACGGAGCCGAGCACCGGUAAGACGAUGCUUUUCCCUUGCCUCCCACCUCUUCCAUUUACACAUCGCCAUUGUCAGUCGCCUUGUCUGACCGACUUCCGGCGCAAUUCGCUUCUUUUCUCCGCUUUCCUGUCGUCAAGACGACCUGACGGUCUGCGACCGACAACGUAA